AUGUCCUGGGAGGAUUCACUUUGUCUGGGGAUAGAAGGGACGCUGGUGGCUUUGGUGGCGGGUGGAGGGGGGUGGUUGUUGGUCAUCCGCAUGCCACCCAAGAUGUUAUUCACUGCUAACAAUUACCAUUAUCUGUCCCCACUUUUGGCUAAUCAGACAGAAUAUGUAAUGAUGAAGCCUGUUUCCUGCUGUCUUUGGGAGGUAACGGGUUAUUCUCCCAUGGGGGUGGCGGGAGGGGGGUUACACCUACUCCCAUUAGGGCUUUAGCACUUGACUAAUUCAGGUACUUAGCAUCCUAUAGACAGGGACGGUUUGAAAGCGGGCAGUGUUUGCAGUGGGGAGGACUGUUUAUAUAAACAGGACACCUCUGUAAACGACACUAAUAUUUGGGGUUGAGUGGCGAUGGAAGGGCUCCUCUCGAGCCGAGAGAUUCCCCAGUAACUACGCAGUCCUUUCCUCGAGGCUUUAAGGGAGGGGGUUUGGGACUUCGGGAAGAUAUUUUUGGGGAGUGUGCACACCCUACCAUGGCCACAUCUGGCAGGAUCAGUUUUACAGUGAGGAGCAUCUUGGAUUUACCAGAACAGGAUGCGCAUAGCAUGAAGCAAGCUUCUGACCACCACCACCACCAGCAUUCGGCGGAAAAAUACAGCGGCUCUCCAUAUCGUGGCUGGAUAGAGACGGACAGAAAUCACUAUCCCUCUUCCGACGAGAGCGGCCCGGAGCUGAGCCUGCCCGACUCCACGCAGAGGUCACUCCCAGCCCGCGGCUCGGAGGCCGAGAAGAAGAAGAAGAGAAGAGUGCUGUUCUCCAAAGCUCAAACGCUGGAGCUAGAGCGCCGGUUCCGGCAGCAGCGGUACCUCUCGGCGCCGGAGCGGGAGCAGCUGGCCCGCCUGCUCAGCCUCACCCCCACGCAGGUGAAAAUCUGGUUCCAAAACCACCGCUACAAGAUGAAAAGGGCACGGAGUGAGGGCCCCGGCAGUCCUCCUCCUCCGCGCCCGCCUGCCCUGCUGCGCCGGGUGGUGAUGCCGGUGCCGGUGCUACUGAGGGACGGGGAGCCCUGCCGGAGCUUCCCCGCCAGUUCCUCGCCAGCCGCCUCCCGCCCCAAGCUGGGCUGCGCGCUGGCGGGCUGCAGCGCCCAGGCCGCCCUCGCCGUGCAGGGCUACCCGGCCUGCCCGCCUACCCUCGGCGUCUGCCCCGCGUACCAGCACUUAGCGCAUCCCGCCGUCGUCUCCUGGAGCUGGUGACGGCGGCGCCUCCCCCUCCGGGCAGGACUCAUCCCAAGGGCUCGCCCGGCCACGGGCUCGAAGAAGGCUCCCGGACGGGGCGGGCGGGGCACGGAGAUGCGGGCACGGAGCGCGACUGCCGGGGCAAUCUGCUCCCGGGGCACGGAGCCGUGUACGGCUCUACUUCGGUGAUAGCUCCUCUCCUCCUGGCUCUGUCGGAGAGGUUUCCUAUUAAAAAAAUAAUAAUAAAAACUAGCGACCUAGUUUACUUGAAAAUAGCUUAUUCUUCCAGUGACUAAUAAAAUGAUACUCAGAAAAUAUUUUUUUUCUCGGAUAAGGAGUGUAUUUUUGAC